GCUCUGCGUGACCAUCUCGCUUCCCCUUGCGUUUCCCCCCCCCCCCUCCCCCUGUCGUCGUCGCUGUCCUCGCCGUCGUCAUUGCCCCCAUCGUCGUCAAAGUCAUUUUUGUGUGGAGAGCUCAAUUGGCGUAGUUUUUUUGCUACGGGCAGUUGCUGUCGGCUAUGCACGUAUCCGCAAACGGCAAUUGGAACUAUACCAGAGAACGCUCCGCUGAUUUUCAGCAACUAAAUGACAGAAGCAACCACAUACAUGAACAACUCAUCCUAUCAACUGGGAACAGAUGAGACGUUCUUUUACGGUUUCGAAGACGGACUGGGUGCUCACUUACUGUCAGAAUCUGAGCAAAAACAAUUCGCCGACUUUCUAAAUCAACUGAGUUCAGACUCAGCGUCAGCAGCUAGUGUAUUGACAUAUCAACAGCUCCCGUCUGCAGCAAACUACUCGGGUGGUUCCUUUACAGAUCCUUCCCUACCUCUUGCGCUCCCAACAGCCAACGCUACUCCUACGCCUGCCUUUCCUCAGCAGGUGUCCGCAGGUCGGUGGACAACACAGCCCAUCCCCACACAGAACCUUGGACAUUUUGCUCAGAAUGGCCAAUUGGUGUCAGCAGUUCCGUAUCUCUCGAAUGACCGAAUGUCAAUCGUAAUUCCAACAAGCACUCCACAAGACCGUCAGUCGAAGCCCGCACACUUUCAGCGAAAUCUCUCCCAGCAUCACUCUCCAUCCCCUCAGAAACCGACUCCGUCAUCUGCAGUCAGUAGUUCAUCCCACGCCAUUUAUUCGCAGGACGAGAAUCCGCCAUCAUCAUCAGCAAGACGGUUUUCUCACGUAUCGUCAGGAGGAUAUCCAAUACUUGAUACUUCCCGACGAGUCUCUAGCGUUAGGUCGGGAACAUUGUCGACGACUCCGAAUCAAGGGAUGCAGGUACCCUUCCAUGCUUCGUCAUCGGCUCCUGCUUCUUCUCUGCAUCAAAAUCAUACAGCUGGACCGAAAUCGGUUCAUACGAGUUUCUCGUCGCAACAUGUCCCUGGUCCUAGUCACAAACAAGAAUCCCCUCACCCGAGACGGCAUUCUACAGCGGAAGGGGAACAUACCUUGGUGCAGCAACCUUCGUCGCAAACAUUUCAUUUACCGCAGGCUGGCCAAUCAGAAGGUCCGUCACAAACAGCACCAGUCGUAAAUCAGCGCUCACCGACAGGAGGGUCACAACUUUCCACACCCAUUCCACCCUUCCCUCCCCCAGCCCGUAAGCGCAAAGCUUCCACGACCGUUGACGCUAGCUCAAAGGUGAACCCAAAGCGAAGAGCGUCAAUCAUCUCUCAAGGAUCGUCAGGGAGUGCCUCGUCGCAAACUCCUGGCGGAACUGGGACCUUUAUCGCAGUGGAUCCGGGUAGUAGUGAUGCCAAGACCAGAGCGGAUGCAACUAAUGCGAAAAAGUCGGGAAAACAGCUGUUGACAGAGGAAGAGAAACGCGCCAAUCAUAUAGAGUCAGAAAAGAAGCGCAGACAAAAUAUUCGGACGGGCUUUGAUCAGUUGGUCGAGAUUGUUCCGACGCUGAGUCAAUGCCACAGAAGUGAAGCGUUGAUUUUGCAGAAAGCUGUGGAAUACGUUCAAUACUUAUUGAGACAGAAAUCCGACCUUCAAUCGCGGAUUUCCCACAUGCGGAACGUAUUGGCAGAGCCGGAUUAUACCCAACCUUACCCGGCAUCGCAAUAUGUUUCAGCGCAAGCAUAUGCAAUUACGGCUGACGAGUCCUUGCAUGGAGGAAGCGGAAGUGCGAGCGGAUACGUAUUAGGUGUUCCACCACCUACCGGAAAUUAUUCGAAUUCUCAACCGCUUUAUCCCAUGCCAGUUCACGCAGUCUCGAUGCAACCUUAUCCAGCACAUCCCAGCAGGCCACCCCCACCAGUUGCAGGCGGAUGAUCCAGGGCAAGCAAAGCACAAUAUCUGGUUGGCAUCCACACCGCACGCAACUAUACUUUUAAUCGCGGUCUGCUGUUGUAUGUAAUAUUUCUUGUGUAUCUGAGUAGAAUCCUUUGUUUUGUAAUGCAAUUUUGACACUCCUAUCUCGUACAAUGGAACCCACGAACAUAUGUUCAAUGUCUAUCGUA